GCGGAUCACAUCCUCGUGGCUACCAACUUCAACGGACAGGGCCGCGGGGAGGUCGCACAGACGCGGAAUGAGCAGUAUGUUCACAAGGCUGCGCCGUUGUAUGUCACCCGGGAGCUGCUCCUCCUCCACAAGGGAGCCCAGGGUAAAAGCG